CUUGUGUCACGCGUGGCCUGGCACAUUAGUUUUUGUUUUUCAACGCGUGAUCUAACAAGUUCUCCUUGCCCCACGCUUCAACGCUAGGCGACAGGGUGGCCUACAGGAACGAUGGCCGUCAAUUUGUAGCUUGAUGUCCUAAAGGCACUUACCGGCCAUUAAGUACAAUAGCAUAAGCGAAAUGGGUGUAGUUGUCAUUCCUCCCAAUCCUGCCGGCCCCGGCACAUGCCGGGUGCAUCUGGAGUUGGACAAAUCAGAGACGCGGGCGACCAUCGAUCGGCUUAAGCAGGCGUUAGAUCGACUGCGCGCUGGUGGCUUAGCUACAGUGCCGCAGGGACCGCGUGCUCAACAGAUCACAGAGACAUCCCUUCCCGCUGCAGCUCAAGGCCCCAGCGGACCCACGCCAACACCCGCCCCAGCUCCCACUCCCGCACCCACACCCGCGGCACCAGUCGCAGCCCCUGCCCCUGCCGUACAACCACAACCACAACCACCACCCCUACCCACCUAUGCUCCCCAGCAACCCGCGGCUCCCGCCCCCACCCCAGCACCAGCACAGCCCCAGCCGCAGCAGCCGCAGGCGCCUGUCGUACAUUACCCGCAACCGCAACCGCCAGCGGUCGUGCCGGCAGUGGUGGCGCCGCAGGCGCCGCCAGCCUACCCCUCGUACGGCAUCCCUCAGCAGCAACCGCAGACGGCAGUAGCGCAUGCGCCCUUCGCAGCAGCCCCUGCUGCUCCCGCUGCAGCCCCCGCUGCUGCUGCUGCUGCCGGUGGUCUGCUGGGCCGCAGUGCCAUGUCGCUUGCAGCCAUGCGGCCGGGCAUGGGGGUACCGCAGAUGGUGGCGGCGGCGGCGGCAGCGGUGCGACCCCCGGCGGUCACCCCCGUGGCCAUCCAACCGCCGGCAGCCCGGCCCCCGCCGCCCACCUACGUCCCCAACGCGGCAGCCAUCCUGCCGCCCACCGUUGCCGUACCGCCCACCCUCGCCGUACCGCCGACGUCAGCGGCCAGAGCCGCGCCGGCGCCGUCACCCAUGAUAUCCCCGGCGGCGGCGGCGGUGCCGACGGUGACAGCGCCUCGUCCGCAGCAGUCGGGGGCAGCGGCUGCUGCCGCCGCCGCCGCGGCAGCUGCAGCGGCAGCUCGUACGCAGGCAGCGACGGUGGCGCCGUCAGCCGCCGCCGCUGCGGCGGCACGCGCGGCGGCGGCGGCGGCUCGUCCCGCCGCUACGACUGCCCCCACGGCCCCUUCUGCCGUACGCCCCGCUGCCCCGGCUGCCGUACAUGUGCCGGCUUCGUCGUACAGCAGCAGGCCCGCCCCCGCCGCCGCCCCCCGCUCCUCCCCCCGACUGGUGUGGGAGAUGUGCAUGGAGACGGACCCGCCCGAGCACAACAGGGACUCCGUGCUGGCCCUGCAGUACUGCACCACGCUGCCCGGGCUGCCCGGCGGUGACGGCCACGGCGGGUGGCUGGUCAGCAGCUCGCGGCGGCUGCUCAACCUGUGGGAGUGCAGCGCGGGGGGGGGCCGGGGGGCGCCUUCGCUCAUGCUCCUCCACUCCCAGGAAACCGACUACACCGCCUCCCACCUGGCCGCAGAGCCCUCCUGCUCCCUCCUCUUCGCAGCCUCCGCCGACGCGCGCACCGGCGCCGAGGCGGUCACGGUACACUCCCUG